AUGUCAGACAUAACCAUGGCCACCGCCACCACUGGCACACAAGCGGGCCCGCAAACCGGCGCCCAACCCGUUGCCGAUGCGGGUGCCCAAGGCGCCCCAGGCGGCGGCGGCGGCGGCGGGAGCAACCAGCCCGGCGACCAACCCGGCGGACAAGGGACAGGCGACGGUGCCGCUCCAGGCGGACCAGCUCCAGGCGUUGCAGACGACCCGCUCAUCGCGGUCUGCCGUCGCGCGCUCUACAACGCCGAGCUCCUGUCGCUAGGUAUCGACUCGCACGCGAUGCGUAUCGAGGCCCGGCAUCACACGUACACAAGUCAGCUCGAGGCCAUCGGCGCCUUCGCCGGGUACUACACGGCAUCCGCACGUCGCCUGAAUGACGCCGAGGGCGCCAUACGGCGCAGUUGGCGUAAUUUUGACCUUGAAGUUCGCCUCGGUGUCGCGGAUGUUCGCCGCGACCUUGAAGCCAUCGAUUCGGUUGCGGAUUUACAGCACGCGGAGCUAGUCGAUCUGCUACAUCGUAUUCUCUGGGCAUACGGUGCCCGCGUGAAUGUGCCUCAGCCCUUCCAGCAGCGCUAG